AUGAGCUCGAGGCGCAUAUUGUCAUCGUGGUGGAAGGGUGGAUUAGGUACUCUGUUUACAAAUGCAACCAGAGGUGGGAAAAGCUCGAAAUUCGGUCAUUCAUCAUUCUUCACAUUCAAAAGUCGUUUUUUCCACUCGCAGGGAGCAAGACCACGUGUUAGAAGUGCAUCAAUUCCACAGUUCAAGGCCGGGAGUAGGCGGAAUGGCUGGUCUGUGUAUGAGGAUCUGAAACUCUUGUCAUACGGAUCGCAUAUGAUAUUCUUUUUGCUUCUCCCCCCAGUUGUGAAAAUGCUCACUACCGAAGUUGAUGUGGUGAAGGAUGACGGAUUAGGCGAUGGCUUUGUUGAGGAUAGCAUACUUGGAUACGGAACAAAGAGGCCACUUGCCAUAAGUGGUGGCUCGUGUAUGACUUCGUUUGACACACAACUUGUAGAUAUUUAUGCUGAAAGAAGACAGUCUUUAACCGAGCGGCUUGAGAAAAGAAUUGCCGAACUCAGGAGAAACGUCCGGGAGUCUGUUGCUAAAAAGAAGAAGGUGAAAAAGGCAAAUAUAGAGGUCAAGAUAGCUGCUCCUAAUGCAAAGAAUUCGGAAUAUCCAACCACUCCGGCUGAUUUGAUGAGUUGCCUAGGAAUUACUGUAAAAGGAAAUACAGAGAGUGUGGGAUCUGCUCUGGAAACGAGUUCGAAAGAGUGCUUUGACGUGUACGAGAGCGAGAUGCAGAAAUUGUUUGAAUCCGUGAAGCUUGGAAAAACGCCUUUAACAGAAUACAUCCAGAGUAUGGAGUAUCUGGUGGACAGAAUUCCAUACAUUUCGGGUUUGACCGACUCGCAGGUGGUAGGAUUAUACAAGGAAGCGUUUAAACAUGUUCACCAGCUCGGGUUGACACAACUCGAGCAGGAAGUGGUGCGAAAAGCGAUUCAAUCAACACUUCCAAGAGAUAUGGAACAGAAAAUGCUCGAAAUCUCGGCAAGAUUCAACAGAGAGAGAGGCAUGAGGUCGCGGAGAAGAUCAGGCUAUAAGAUUAAACGAUUUGCUCCCCUCUCAUCUUCGCAAACAAGCUGGCAAGACGGAAAAAGUGCUCUCAGGUCUUCUUGGGUUAAAUACAUGCUAGAAGACCCGGAAAUGUACGUUGCACUAAUAGAAGUUGCAGCUGAUACCUGCCAGAGUGUGGGUUUCGUCAAAGGCAUUACAGAAAUGUUCACAGCACAGACAGAAGCAAGAAACUCUUCCCAAGAACAUGCAUUGAAAGUUGCAGUCCGUAAAUUAAUCGAGAAACAAAAAUAUGACGAGGCAAACGUUGUUGUUCGCAAACUCAAGAAGUUAUAUGGUCUGGAGAAGGCGUUCACAAAUGCUCUAGGAAGCCAGUUUGUGCAAACAGCCCUUGCCUGCUGA